CAUUCCCAGAACAGCCAAAAACUUCAGUUAUGAAUGAAAAUGCUUGCGUAACUAUCCUCAAAGAGUUUAUUUAGAAGAAAGAACCACCAGAGCUUUACAAAGAGCCCUUCUCCAAAUGCCGUCCGCUGCGCGAAUGGGAGAAGAGGAGGGAAUGGGAUUUAUUUGUAAGCUGGAGUCUAGUUCUUCUGUCGGGGUUGAGUGAAUUGAUAUACUUUGAGUGAAUUGAUGUAUUAAUUUGAACAACGGAGGGACGGCAGAAGACAGCUCGGGGCAGAAUAAGAAGAGCGCGGGAGUGACUGUCACUGGAUGCUGUAUGAGGUGUCGCUCCAGCGGGCGCUUCGUGAGGGGCGAUGGAGAUGCUGAUGGACUGGAGACCUCCCACAUUUCUGCUUCUCACCUUGCUGUGCUUGUUUCCAGGUGAUUCUCAGCGGGUCGAGAUGCCACGGAAAGACAUGGAGGUAAUCAUGGGACAAAUGGUUGUUCUGGAGGCCUGGUACACCCCCACUACCUCCAUCGAGAAGAACGCGGCCAUCUGGACCUUCAUGGCCAAUCACUCCAAACAAGUCAUCUCCUACUUCUCAGGACAGAUUGGCAUCGGUAGCACUGACUUUCGGAGGCGGGUGGGUUUUGCAAUGACGAUGCCCUCAGCCAAUCUGUCCAUCUACAUCAAUAACACGCAGGAGUCUGACUCCGGGCGCUAUCACUGCCACGUCAUCAUUCCUGGAGCUCCAGGCCUGUCUGGAGAGCUACACCUCAAUGUUAAAGUUCCUCCAUCCACACCUGUGUGCUCUAUGACAGGAAAUCCUGUACUGAGUGGCAAUGUAACACUGAGCUGUAAAUCCAGCUAUGGCAAACCUGUUCCUCAGUACAAAUGGACCAAAGCAGCUCCUCUUUCUGAGGUCUUCUUCUCUCCCAUGCAAAAGUGGAGGUUCUGCCCCCAGCCUGUGCUUGUGCUGGGAUACCUGGAUGAGAGGCAGGGCACCCUUCGACUUAGCAACCUCACCAAAAGUAUGUCCGGCAAGUAUGUUUGCCACGCCAGCAACACGGCUGGGACUGACAGCUGCCACAUCAAUAUAGAGGUCUCCACCCCUAACAAUGCCUGGGUGGUCGCCGGGGCCACAGUGGGCUCCGUGGUGGGUCUGAUGGCUCUAGUUUUAUUCCUGAUCUUCAUCCUGAGGAGAAACCGUGACACAGAAGAGGAGAUGGCCAAUGAUAUCAAGGAAGAUGCACAGGCACCGAAACGCGUCUCCUGGGCUAAAAGCGGCACAGGAUCGGACAUCAUAUCAAAGAAUGGCACAUUGUCCUCAAUAGCCACCAGCCCUCCUGCACAGGAGCCUCAGCAUCCACUCCAAAACAACCAUUACCCAUACCCCCCUGGUGCCUUGGACACCACCUCCAUCCUCACCACCUCUGGAAGCACAACCACAUACCGCCUCCGCCCAGGGGAGCCCAACCCACUACACGGCCUGCCCGGAUACAACGCCAGCGGCACAGCAAAUCACACACACCGCCACCAUCAUCACCAUGAUCGCCAUCACACUCCCGCAGUCCUCAAUUCCAACAGCUUCUCCACACAGAGGACUGAGGGGCUGCAGCCGCAGACCCCACGCCCACUCAACAUGCCUAUAAACUCUGCCACCCUGUCCCGCAUGGGGGCUGUGCCCAUCAUGGUGCCCACCCAGAACCACACCGGGUCACUGGUGUAACGGCCCUCAAGACUAAUAAUGUGCUAACGACUAGCCAAACGUAUGUGGAGAAGGGUAUCGACAAAUGUGACGAUAAAUUUGGCUAACUUUUUAUACAGAGUAAAGUACAGUAAAAUAUCGUUACAUGUCGAAAAAU